CAUCCCUUUCCAGCACUUCUUUCUCCUCACAAACAGUAGUCACCACUCACCACAAGAGGGUUUUCCUAGAUGGCUAAGUUUAGAUGCCAAGAAGAAGGAAGAGGGCUGCAGAGCAGAAAAACAGAAAAGGGGAAAGAUCUCCUGCCCUGCGCGCCUGCACCAGCCUGCGUCCCUGCCCCCUGCCCUGCACCCUCUGCUGCGCCUUGUCCCUGCGCCUGCACCGAGCCCGCGCCCAGAUCCCCUUUGCUCUGCGCCGUUGACCUUGCUUGCGGCACCGAGCACGCGACCCUGCAUCAGCCUGCGUCCCUGCACAGGCCCUGCACCAGCCCUGCACUUUCCUCUUUGCGCCCCUGCGCCUCAAAACCCCUCUGCCCUGCGCGCCUGCAGCAACCUCGCGCCCUGCAUCGGCCUUGCGUCACGUCCCCUGUUGGCUGCAAUCCCCUGCACCAGCCCGGCCCUAAACAGAUAAAGAAGGUGGGAAAGCGAGAGCACCACUUGUGGAAGAAAAGUAAUUCAUCUGGAUCUGGGAAAAAGGGACUCAGUCUUGUUCAAAUUGUUUCUGACCUUCCUAAUGAGAAAGAGGCUGUUUAUAAAGCAUUGGAUAAAAGGGUAGCUUGGGAGACAGAAUUUCCAUUGGCUGCUGCAGCUAAAGCUUUACAAAUCUUAAGGAAGAGGAGCCAAUGGCUUCGUGUGAUUCAAGUAUGUCAGUUUUCUUCUUCUUGUUGAGGUUCUAAAGUGGUUAUAGCAUGUGGCUUAUGUUCUAUUUGUGAUGCUUUGAUGGUUGCUAAUAUGACAAUUUCUGUUAUUUUUUUCCUUAAUAUAAUUGUGGUAAGAGACAACAAGCUCAGCAUGUUGAAAUUUUCCAGCCAAAUUUGCUAGAGUUUUUUGUCUUGAGUGUUCUUAUAUUUGCAUUAGUAAUACACCCAUGAGUGAGGU